AUGGCGGCGUCGCUGCUAUUCCCUGUCCCAACUCCGACGAAAGCACCCGUUUCUUCUCCGAUCAACUCGCAACUGAAAUUAGUCAUCUCCGGUCGCCGUUUAGUCUCAGCACCUCCCAUAACCAAACCUCCUCUCAAAAUCACCGGCACCUCGAACAAUCGUCUGCUUUUUCCCGUCAAGGCAAUCGAAGAAAGCAAGGAGAGUGUCGAAGACUCGGUGACCGCAAAGGAAGCGGAGGCAGAGACGGAAGUGAGUGAGGAAAGCGAGUUGAGCGCGAUUGGAACGGAGAUAAAGAAGGCGAUGAAAAAGAGAGAAGAGAAUGGCGAUAGCCUUGCCAGCGGAGUGACGGAGGAGGUAAGGGAAAUCGAGUGGCCUGCGUUUGGGAAGGUGUUGGGGACCACCGGUGUUGUCCUUGGUGUUAUUGCUGGAUCUAGUGUCGUUUUGCUCACUGUUAAUGCCGUUUUGGCCGAGCUCUCCGAUCAGGUUUUCACCGGUAAAGGCGUCCAAGAUUUUUUCGGUUGA